UCCUUUUUGGCUUGCAUUGUUGUUCCUAUCGCUUUGGUUUCUUGCGAGGGUUUGUUCUUGCGGCCAAGAGCGCGCGCGACGCAGCCACUGCGGACAGCGGCAAGAUCGAGAUUCCCGUGGCGCUAGGCUAGUUUCCAGGCAGCAGGGUCGAAUUCGAGCUCUCCGGCGCAGGAAUCGAGAUCCUGGCAGCACUGGUGGGGGCGAAGCAAUGAGCUUAGCGUGCCUCGCAUGCCAUGUCCUGGACAGCUCCCCGGAGCGAACGCUGCGGAGCUACUCCGACAAUGGUGGGCGAUGCCUGGGCUUGGGCUGCUGGACGAGGAAGCUCCCCAAUGCCGCUCAGAUCGAGCCCACCGUGUCCUCCAUGUCGGAGUCGGAGCUUGGAUCGCGGACGAGAUCGCAGCAGCAGGUUGCUCCAGUGCCCGGCUCCUCUUCCACCAUCGUCGUCGCCGCGGCAGCAGCGAACUUGGUGGAAGCGCCCAGUAGCCCGAGAUUGACGAGAUGCCAUGCCGUGCGGAGGGAUUUGUUCCGGGACUGGAAUUUCGAGGAGAUGAGCCGGCAGCUGUGCAUGAAUCUCAGUGGAGCUGCUUGAGACGAGACGAGCGAGCAGUGGCACACAGGCUGUGGAGAUCGACUGCUGGCAAGAACACGAUGAUGCUGGAGAGGUCAGUCUGUAAAACUCUAUACCGAUCAGACCAGGUACCAGGGAUUUUUCUUUUUCUUCUUCUUCUUCUUCCUUGUUCUUUUCGCUAUAGUUCGUGAGUGAUCAGAUAGACAGAGAUCGAGGGCAGGAGCAUUUAGCAGCUAAGAAUUCCUUUGCGGGGCAUUGUUCUUCCCUUUUCUCUGUGCGUGUUCUUCGCAGAUCUUUGAUUGUGUUCUAGACUAGCUCUGUAAAGAACGAACAACUUGGGGCCUUUUCAGCAGCCUUGAUAGAUCGAUCGAAAGCAAAAAGUAAGCGGAGAC